ACGGCCACAUAGCGGAUCCCGCGUUCGUGGCUGAGGCUCAGUGCGUUUGCAGACACCUUCCGGGAUGGUCAACUACAGACGAGUGGUGUGCGAGACGGCGGCACUGGCGGCGCUCGUGGUGGCGACGCUCGCUGCGCCCGCGCCUCCGCCCGGCUGCGACCAUGUCGCGCACUACGACCAGCGGCAGAACGGCAGCGAUAACAUCAGGGUGCACGUAGACGGCGUGGUGGUAGCCGUGAUGCCCGCAGAGUCCUUCGCCGAAUCCUUAUUGACUGCUCUACCUGACUUCGCCGACUUUUUAGAAGAAGAGGAGUUUGAUACGCACAAGCCUAAGCCACCUCAAAGUGAAGUUCCAAUGCCUCCCAGUAAUGCAGCUCCGUCCAAGCCUGAAGAAAAACCACAAGCGACGCCCGAUAAGGAAGAGGUCGCGUCUCUUCCUGCAAAACCCGCCGAAGCGUCUAACCCAGAUGCCAGUUCAGUUGACAGUUCAACAGCACAACCGGCAAAAAAUCAAAAAAAGGAGCAAUAUCUUAAACAGAGAAAAGCUCAGAGAGUAAAGAAUUAUUUGGCGAGCUUUCUGAUGCCGCUGCUUAGAAAAAACCGCCACCAUUGAACCAUGACGUGACUGCAUGAAUUACGAGGAAUGAUUAGAAACAAUUCCUACCGAUGGUGACAUGUGUUAAAUAUAUCAGUAGAUAAUAAUUUAUUAAUUAUUAUAAUAAGCCUGUGAGAGCCAACGAAUGCAUUUAUUUUAGUACAAUAAGUUAGUUACGUAAGAUUGUAAAUUGUUUCGUUGAAAAUAAAAAUGUAAUUCUUAUUGAAAAAUCCAUAUAA